AUGAGUACGAUACGUUCUCAGCGUUAUGUGGAAGCAAAAAACGACCAUAUCCAAGCAGUCGAUGAUACAAUAGAAAGAAACAAUCGGAAGAGCAAAGUUGACAUGGCGUUGUUUCAAGGAGAUAUGAUCCUUACCAAUGAGCAAGCCGAAGAGAUUAUGGAAGACGUCAAAAAGAACGAAAGCGGUCGUAGAAAACGACAAGCACGCCGUGACUUCAGAUAUCCUAGAUCUAUUUGGUCAAAAGGAGUGAAUUACGCAUUUUGGAACGCAUCUAAUGAGGCGAUGACGGCUUUCAGAAAAGCUGCAGCUCUGUGGUCUGAGGAUACUUGCAUUGACUUCGUGGAAAACAAUACAGGCAAGACAAAAACAGUAACUGAAAGCAAAUGCGGUUUCAGAGCUGGCCUAAUCAAAAAGUAUUUCACCAGUAAGUAUUCAGCCGUUGACAGAAUUGACGUUAUCAAGAGUGUUGGAUGUUUUUCUUAUGUCGGAAAAGUUGGACGUACGCAGAGUUUCUCAUUAGGAGAGGGAUGCGAGUCGAUUGGGACAGCUUCGCACGAACUCGGCCACGCUUUGGGUUUCAUUCACACUCAAUCGAGACACGAUCGUGACAGCUUCAUCACACUUUUACCAGAAAACUUUUUGGACGGCUGGAUAUCCCAGUUCGUAAAGGAUUCAAUAUACAUUAAUCACAACUAUAAUCUGACCUAUGAUUAUGGAAGUAUUAUGCAUUACUCAACAGGGAGCGUGUCUAAGAAUGGCCAACCUACGAUGCUCCCUCGCCUUCCCAAAUAUUUGAAAACUCUUGGAUCGCGAAUUAUCUCGUUCUACGAUAAACUUAUGAUGAACUUGCAUUAUGGAUGUCUAGCACACUUUAAGGCACCACCCGGUUCUAAAAUCGAGGUAGUCCUUGAUUACUUCACGAGACGUUUCAGCAAUGAUGGUUGUGUGCAUGGGGGAAUUGAAAUAAAAACGGAAAACGAUAAACGCCUUACUGGUUACAGGUAG